GUGGAGAGACAUGGAAAUCCGAAAUAACCUUGGGGACUGUUGCGAACGGGGUCAUGAAUGACACCGGAAACUUUGUCCUUCAACACCAAAACUCUCGGAGCUUGUGGGAGACCUUCAGCAAUCCUACAGACACCAUUUUGCCUGGACAGACAAUUGAGAGAAAUGGGACGCUUUCGUGUAGACAAUCGGAGACUAACUACACAAAAGGGCGGUUCCAGCUGCGCUUGCAAGGUGAUGGAAACCUCGUGCUCAACACCGUCAACUUGACAACAGAUAAUGCCAACUUCCCUUACUUCGACACAAAAACGACCGCAGGGACCGUGUCAGGUAGUCAAGGCAAACAAUUGGUGUUCACCAGCUCAGGGGACAUGUUUGUUCGGAGAGAAAAUGGUGGAAGAUUCACUCUUACGGGGACAGAGGGAGUAUCGGUGAGGGACAACUACAUAAGGGCAACUCUUGAUUUUGAUGGGAUUUUCGCGUUAUAUUCUCACCCGAAAAAUUUCACUGGAAAUGCAAGGUGGAGUAAUCCUCUGUGGUAUAAGCCGGAUGAUACUUGCCAAAACCUUCGUGAAGAAAUGGGUUUUUGCGGAUAUAACAGUGUCUGUAAGCUCAAACUAGAUAAAAAGGCCAACCUGCAAAUGCCCAAAAGGGUUUUCUUUUCUUGAUCCGAAGGAUAUAUACCGAGGCUGCAAACGCGUGGAAUCAGUAUUAUUAGCAGAUAAAUGGGUUUGGAUUGGCAUUUCUAUAGCUGCUGCUCUAGUGCUUUGCACCGCGUACUAUCUACUCCGACGAAGAAGAUCAGCCCUUGCAUCAGCUGGUGGGGACAGAGCAAGGAAACAGAACACAUGGCUUUGCUUCUUGAAAUCUGAUAAACUUACCGAUGAACAUGAUCAAGAAAACAUGGGAAAACAUGAUUUAAGCGUAUUUACGUAUGAAUCUGUUCUGACUGCCACAUCCAACUUCUCGGAGGAAAACAAGCUCGGAGAAGGGGGAUUUGGACCUGUUUAUAAGGGAAAAUUGGUGACGGGACGAGAAAUAGCUGUGAAGAGGCUUUCAAAAAGUUCUGGACAAGGAAAUUCAGAGUUUAAGAGUGAAUUUAUGCUCAUACAUGAACUCCAACACUCAAACCUUGUUCAGCUCCUUGGAUUUUGCAUUCAUGAAGACGAGAGGAUGUUGAUAUACGAAUACAUGCCAAACAAAAGCUUAGACUACUUUAUUUUUGAUUCAAUCAGAGGUGUGCAACUCGAUUGGAAGAAGCGUUUCGGUAUAAUUGAAGGAAUAGCUCAAGGAUUGCUUUACUUGCACAGAUUCUCAAGAACGAGAGUAAUUCAUAGAGAUUUGAAAGCUAGUAAUAUACUACUCGACGAAAACAUGAACCCUAAAAUUGCAGAUUUUGGUUUGGCAAGGAUAUUUACCCACACUGAAUUGGAAGCAAAUACUAGUAGGAUUGUCGGGACACUUGGUUAUAUGCCUCCUGAGACCAUUGAAGGAAGAGUUUCUGUAAAAACCGAUGUCUACAGUUUCGGGGUGCUAAUACUUGAAAUCAUAAGCGGCCGGAAAAUCAACCGCUUAUGCAAUGAUGAUGGCUUACUCAAUUUGGUAGGAUAUGCAUGGGAGUUAUGGAAAAAAAAUGCAGCGCUAGAACUAAAGGAUCCAACUCUAGGCGACUCGUGUAACGGGAAUCAACUGUUAAGAUGCAUCCAUGUCAGUCUACUGUGCGUGGAAGAAAACGCAGCCGAUCGACCCACCAUGUCGGAUGUAAUAUCGAUGUUGAUAAACGAAAGCAUGGAGUUGCCUAAACCAAAAAAGCCGGCAUAUUACACACAAGGAAAUGUGGACUUUAAUGGUAUACGUGAAGGGGGAGAGCAAGCUGGAUCGAUAAAUGUUUUGUCUAAUUCCGACAUUGGUGGGCGUUGAGAAAUCAAUCAACAAUCCUGUAAUAAAACAUUGUUCCCAUUGAUAAAGUAGAUAUGGUAACGAAAACAAAAAUCAUCGAUUAAGUGGAAUAUUGUAUAAUAUAUUUUGCUGAUUUCUAGUUGAAAUGUUAUGCCCAUAAAUUUUGCUGAUU